GUUUGAGUUGAGAUUGAGUGACAAACAUGAGAGAUUGAGUUUAUGUUGUUUGUGUGAGAAAAAGAAAAAGAUAGGGAAGUGCGUGUCUCUUCAACGAAUCACUGAUCACCUGCACUAGCUCUCUCUUCUCUGUCAUGUUUUCAGCUUCAGUUUCAGAAGAAGAUCAUCAUAACCUUCAAUUUCAUUAUUCAAAAUAACCCACACCUUUCCCUUUCACUGUUUUUUUUUAAUGAUCAUCAAAUCAAAUUAUUCUUUAAUAUAACCUUACAAAAAUCAAGCGUAUACUCUACUUCUUGUUCUCUCUUUUUUAUUUUUUGUUGCUGUCUCCCUUGCUGUACUCGUUUGACUCGUUUUAAACGGCCAGUCUCUCUAUAGAGUUUUAGCUAGAGAUUUUUGUUUUGUGUGUGUGUGGCUAUGGCGGAGGGUUUUGAGCCCUACCAUGUCCCACAACAAAGCAGAAGAGAUAAGCUUAGAAUUGUUGCUCAAAACCACCCCGCUUGUGUUGAAUCAACGGCUGUUACCCUUUCAGGUUGCUCAGGUUUACUUCCUUUGUACGACCCUUCUCUCCUUUCUUCCGAUUUGUUAACUUGCGCUGCCAGCACUAGUGCCACUGCUGGCAGCCAUGACUUUCAUCACCAGACCAACCAGCUUUCAGCUUCGGCUUCUGGCAAAAGCAGCCCCGUUUGUGUUGUUAAAGAUGAAGGUGUGAAUCUCAUGGGCUUUGUUGGUGGGAUUGUGAACGGUUCUUCUUCUUCAUCAACUUCUCAUCACCCUUAUUUGGAUCCACAAUCGUCUUUACCCUUGAACCCUAGCUCGAUUCACGAUAUGAAUAACAACCCUUUUCUUUAUACCCCUCAAAACCUUCAAAACCUAAGAGAUUUUGACCAGUCCUAUAAUAAUGGUGGUGAAGUUGUGGUUUAUAAACCUGAACCUUUGUCUUUGAAUCAUGAGUCUAGUACCACCGGUCAAGGCUUGUCUCUUUCUUUAUCUUCUCUUAAUACCCACCAAAACAAUCUUCCUUUGGAGCUAAAUCUACAAAGAUACGAGUCUGCUAUCUAUAGUGACAAGGUCAAUGCUAGUGGAUAUAUGGUUCCAAUUAUUGUUGAUGCUAGUGCUUCCACUUCGAAUGACGUUUCCAGGUUCUCGGUCCCUCUCGGGCCUUUCACGGGUUAUGCUUCGAUUUUGAAGGGAUCGAGGUUUUUUAGGCCUGCACAACAGUUAUUAGAAGAGCUUUGCGAUGUGGGUAGGGGAAUUUGCGCUGAAAAAGUUACUCCUGAUUCUUCUUUGAUGGAGCCUCCAUUGCAGAAUUUGAGUGCUACUGGAAUUAUUGAUGAUCCUCUUGGUGGGGGAGAUGGUGGCGAGAGUAGAAGAAAGAAGUCUAGGCUAAUUUCAAUGCUUGACGAGGUUUACAGGAGGUAUAAGCAAUACUAUCAACAAAUGCAAGCUGUUGUUGCAUCGUUUGAAUAUGUUGCUGGACUGGGCAAUGCAGCUCCAUAUGCAAACUUGGCUUUAAAAACCAUGUCUAAACAUUUCAGGUGCUUGAAGAAUGCAAUCACUGAUCAGGUUCAGUUCACUAAUAAAGCUCAUGGUCAAUUAAGCCCCGGAAAAGAUGAAGGUCCAAGGUUUGCAAGCACUGACAAAAGCAUUUAUGACCGACCUGUUCAUAGCACUGGGUUCCUUGAGCACCAACCUGUUUGGCGGCCUCAACGAGGCCUUCCUGAGCGUGCUGUAACGGUACUUAGAGCAUGGUUGUUUGAACACUUUCUGCACCCUUAUCCAACUGACACAGACAAGCUAAUGUUGGCAAAACAAACCGGUCUAUCGCGUAGCCAGGUGUCAAAUUGGUUUAUAAAUGCAAGAGUAAGGCUUUGGAAGCCAAUGGUGGAAGAAAUACACAUGCUCGAAAUGCGACAAGCUCAAAAAGCUUCGCAAAGGGAGGACAGAAAUGCCAACAAGUCGAGUGAUCAUUUGUCUUCAGCAAACUCUCUAGCAUCUGAAAAUCCAUCUACCUCCACUCAAAGGGUUCAAGAUACCCCAUCCAAGCGCACUAGAAGUGAACUUCCUGAUAUACCCGUGGGAAGUGAACCACUUAAUUUGUCGUACAACAGGUUUUCAAGCCAUCCACAUGUAGGUGUUGGGGUUAGCAUUGCAGGUGCAAGUGGUGGUGUUUCCUUAACACUGGGACUUCAUCAGAAUAAUGGUAUUGGAUUAUCCGAGCCCUUCCCUAUAAAUGCAGCUCAGCGUUUUGGCCUUGGCCUUGAGGUAAGCAGUGACGGGUAUGUCAUUGGUGAUUUUGAAACACAGAAUCGGCAUUUUGGAAGGGAUGUUGUCGGAGGGCAGCUUUUGCAUGAUUUUGUCGGUUGAAAAACGUUCAGAGAAAAAGCUGUCUGUUCAUUAUGUAUACUAACAAGGUUUCAUGUGGAUAAGCCAAUAUUUAUUUCUAGAAUUCAAGCCGAUUGCCCUGAUCUUUUACCGUGUAAGGUCUAUGCCAUGAAAUUGCAGUGUAUAUUUUCUUUACAAAAUUAUGCUUACCGACGUAGAUUAUUGGUGUAAAAUUCUUCUGUAAAUUUAUAACUUACAUGAUAAAGUUAUACAUUUUGAGGCCAUCAAAUCAAGGCUUGCCUCAGAGUGUGCAUGAAUAGGUUUUGACAAUUUGCAUAUUUGAAUGUUGUAAAAUAUUAAUGAUUUGUGUAUUCGAACGAUAUUUUAUUCAAAAACAAUGAAUCAUCCAAUGAUAUGACUAGCAAAAGAUA